AUGAUAGUGCAAUGUUGGUGUGAUGUACAAGUUUCAAUAGAUCGAAUAAAAGGAGAAUAUAGUAUUAGUGUUAAUAAUAAUAUUUGGCUUCAUUCCUCAAGUACUGCUUUAUAUGUUGAUGAUCGAUGGUAUUCAUCAAAUGAUAGUUCUCUUCUUCUUAUUGAUACUCUUGUAUUCCAAGGUGAUGAUCCGGAUUUUGGUAAUUGGAAUGAAACUCAAUUAAUUUAUAAAUUAAAUCAUGGUGAAACAGUUACGAAUGUCUCUGCACAUAUUCGUCAAUGGAAUUCUAUUUCAUCAAUAACAUUUCGUUUGAAUAUUGGUACAAAAGAUUUAACAAAUAAUAUUAAUCUUAAUAUGGAUCAAGUUCGUACUGUAUUUCCAUCAUUUAAAAUUGAACAAAUUGAUACAAAUGAUUAUCGAGGAUAUUUUACAUUUGAAGGUGUUAUGAUGGGUUAUGAUGAAAUGCAUGCAGGUAUUUGGAAAUCAUCAAAUACAGUUAUUAAAUCAGGUAUGGAAGCUGGACCAGUAGUACUUUUUAAUUUAACUCAACAUGGACAAAAUGAUGUUAUUAUUCUUUCACCAUUUGCUCAAUUUAUGGCAACAUCAUUAAGUCAACAAGAUAAUAUAUUACAAUAUGGUGUUAUGGGUUCAAUAAAAACUAUUCCAGCUAAUUAUAAUCAUACAAUGAUUCUUUUUUAUUCAUCUAAUGGUAUUAAUGAUGCUUUACGUCAAUAUGGUAAUAUAAUGCAACGAGCAUAUAAUCGAGAUAAACAAUAUCGUAUUAAUGAUAUAACUAUAAAUUAUCUUGGUUAUUAUACAGAUGGUGGUGCUUAUUAUUAUUAUAAUACAGAAUCAGAUUUAAAUUAUGAAGAAACAAUAUUAUCUGUUCAUAAAAAAAUAACACUUCCAUUUCAUUAUAUUCAAUUAGAUUCAUGGUGGUAUUAUAAAGGAUUAAAAGGUGGUGUAAGUCAAUGGAAAUCUCGACCUGAUAUUUUUCCUGAUGGUCUUCCAUCACUAUAUCAUCAAAUGGAUAAUAUAUCAUUGGCAGCACAUAAUCGUUAUUGGGCAUUAGAUACAGUUUAUUCAGAUAAAUAUAAUUUUGCUUUUGAUAAUAUCAAUGAAAUGUCUUUACCAAUAGGAAAUGAUUCAUUUUGGAUUGAUUUAUUAAGUGAUGCAUCACAGAAUUGGGGUCUUAUUAUGUAUGAACAAGAUUGGUUACAUGCUCAAACAUCAAAAUUUAUUCCAUUACGUACAGAUAUCAAUCUUGGAGAACAAUGGUUAAUGUCAAUGGGUAAAGGAGCAGAAAAAGCUGGAAUUACUAUUCAAUAUUGUUCAUCAUAUCCUCGUCAUGCAUUACAAGCACUUGAAAUUCCACGAGUAACACAAGCACGAGUAUCAAGUGAUUAUACAUCACAUAUUGUUCAUAAAGGUAAUCAAUGGAAUAUUGGAAUAACAAGUAUGUUAGCUGAUGCACUUGGUAUUGCUCCAUUUAAAGAUGUUUUUUGGUCAACAUCAAAUGAACCUGGUUCUUCAUAUAAACCAUCUGCUAUGGAACCACUUCCAGAUAGAGAAAUAGUUCUAGCAACACUUUCAACAGGUCCUGUUAGUCCAGGUGAUGCAAUUAAUUAUACUAAUAUUGAACGUAUUAUGCGAUGUUGUAGAAAAGAUGGUCUUAUUUUAAAACCAGAUCGACCAAUAACAAUGAUCGAUUCAUUAAUUGCUGAUUGGGCUGAAAAUAAUGGAAAUAUACAAGGAGAGCUUUAUUCAACUCAAACAACUAUAAAUAAUCAAACAUUUUCUAUUAUAUUUGCAUCAUCAAUGCAAAAAGAUUAUUUAAUAUAUCCUUCUAUGAUUAAAGGUCAAUCAGGAAUUAUAUGGUCGUAUGAAAAUUCAACUGAUAUAUCUAUUUUUGAUGAUACUCAUCCACUUUACAUACCAUCUAAUAAAUGUAAUAGUUCAUCAUUUUGUCUUUGGUAUAUAUCACCAUUAUGGCAAUUUAAUGAUGUUCAUCAUACACAAUAUGCAUUUAUGGGUGAAUUAAAUAAAUGGACUUCUGUUAGUCGACAACGAAUUAAUUCAAUAGAUAUUAAUUUCGAUCAAGGUCAAACAGCAAUUACUAUUAAAGGGCCACCUGGUGAAAUAAUUUCAUUAACUGUAUAUCAUUCUGCAUAUGGUAUUCGUUCAAUACCAUGUUAUAUUUCACCUCCGACUGGUCAAGCACUUAUGGUAAUUCAAUUGUUUCAUAUUUCUUGUACGGAAAUAAAUUAA